UCAACCUUCCUACACAAGACACUCAUCCCAUUCAACAUUCACCAUGGCCCAGAACGCGUCUGUCAAGCACAACGUCUGCUGCAUCGUCAUUGACGGCUGGGGCAUCUCUCCCGAGGAGAACACCCGUGGUGAUGCCAUCCGCAACGCCAACACGCCCUACAUGGACAAGUUUGAGAAGGAGUACCCCUUCACCACUCUCGGUGCUCAUGGUCUUGACGUCGGUCUGCCCGAUGGCCUUAUGGGUAACUCUGAGGUCGGCCACUUGAACAUUGGAGCUGGACGUGUUGUCUACCAGGAUAUUGUGCGUAUCGAUCUCGCAGCCUCGAAGAAGCAGUUUGGCCAUUUGGAGAACAUCAAGGCCUCAUUCGAGAACGCUAAAGCCGGAAACGGACGUCUCCACUUUAUGGGAUUGGUCUCUGACGGUGGUGUUCACAGUCACCAGAACCAUCUCUUCUCUCUCUUGGAGGCCGCUAAGGAGGCCCAGGUCCCUGAGGUCUACAUUCACUUCUUUGGCGAUGGUCGCGAUACCUCCCCCCGCUCCGCUGCCGGCUACUUGAGGAUCUUGCUCGAGAAGAUCAAGGAGCUUCAGUUCGGAAAGUUGGCCACCAUCACUGGUCGUUACUAUGCCAUGGAUCGCGAUAAGCGCUGGGAGCGCAUCAAGGUCGCUAUCGACGGCCUUGUCAGCGGCACCGGUGAGAAGACUAACGAUCCCGUCCAGACUCUUGAGGACAACUACAAGAAGGAUGUUACGGAUGAGUUCUUGAGGCCCAUUAUUGUCAACGAGGAGGGCUUGAUCCGCGACGAUGAUACCAUCUUCUGCUUCAACUACCGCUCUGAUCGCAUGCGUGAGAUCUCUUCGGUCUUGGGCAUCGCUCCUCCUCCCAUGGAAGUCAAGCUCCCCAAGAACUUGCACAUCACCACCAUGACCCAGUAUAAGAGCGACUUCCCCUUCCCCGUCGCCUUCCCCGCACAGUCCAUGACGAACGUCCUCGCAGAGUGGCUCGCGAAGAAGCACGUCCCCCAGUGCCACGUCGCUGAGACGGAGAAGUAUGCUCACGUCACCUUCUUCUUCAACGGAGGCACAGAGGCCCAAUUCGAGGGCGAGCACCGUGAUUUGAUCGCUUCGCCCAAGGUUGCAACAUACGACUUGCAGCCCCAGAUGUCUGCUGCUGCCGUUGGCGAGAAGGUUGCGGAGGAGAUCGCCACCAAAAAGUUCCCCUUCGUCAUGUGCAACUUUGCACCCCCAGACAUGGUUGGCCACACUGGUAUUUAUGAUGCUGCCAUCAAGGGUGUCGAGGCCACGGACGCUGCCAUUGGAGUCAUCUAUGAGGCCUGCGUCAAGCACGACUAUGUCCUAUUCAUUACCGCCGAUCAUGGAAACGCCGAGAAGAUGUUGUCGGAUGACUUCUCGACCCCUCACACUGCCCAUACCUGUGCUCGCGUUCCCUUUGUCAUGACCAGCAAGACUCACAAAUUCAACGGUACCGUCGGUGCCCUUUGCGACGUUGCUCCAACCGUCCUCCGCGUCAUGGGCUUGGAUGUCCCUGCUGAGAUGACCGGUCACAGCUUGCUUCAGGAAUAAGACCUUCCAAAGCAGGAUGUUCGACAGCAGGGUGAAAUUAACAACAAAAUCUUCUACCCCAUAGAGAUAAAAAUAAUGAAAGAUCAACCAUAGUGCAUGGAAACAAAUGGCGCCAGGUUACAGAUGAAU